AUUACCGAGCGCCUUGGAAGGGUCGCAGUCGCACGAUUGUACAGUCGCACGCUGUUACUGAGUAGGUCAGGCUACUUGAGAAGCAGAGUCAACAUGUCUCGCUACGUAAACCUUCUGAAAUGUGUUUUAGGUGCUUCCCAAAGGGCCAAUUCGAGGUUUUUGUCGUCUGCAUCUGGCCGGGUUUUGCGGAGCUGGAGUAACGCAGCGCCGCUCGGUUGUGGAGCUACCGGGUCACGGCUGUGCGGGAUUAGGCCCCGAACGUGGAGCCCUCACCACCCCAGCCUGGUUGCGACCCAACUCUUUCCCCAACGGGCCUAUAGCGCGCAGCAGGCGGAGAGCACGGAGGAGGAACCGCUCCACACCAUUAUCAGUGACACGGAGAACGUGCAAGGAACCUUCUCCAAACAUGAGUUCCAGGCUGAAACAAAGAAACUUCUGGACAUUGUGGCGAGGUCACUGUAUUCAGAGAAAGAGGUGUUCAUCCGCGAGCUGAUCUCCAACGGCAGCGAUGCCCUGGAGAAACUGCGCCACCGGCUGAUGUCAGGAGGGGGCGACACCGCGCCCAUGGAGAUACACCUGCAGACCGAUGCUGCCAAGGGCACCUUCACCAUCCAGGACACAGGGGUGGGGAUGACUCAGGAGGAGCUGGUGUCGAACCUGGGGACCAUCGCUCGCUCUGGCUCAAAGGCUUUCCUGGACGCCCUGCAGAACCAGGCGGAGGCCAGCGGCUCCAUCAUUGGCCAGUUCGGCGUGGGCUUCUACUCGGCCUUCAUGGUGGCCGAGCGCGUGGACGUGUACUCGCAGUCCGCCGAGCCGGGCAGUCCGGGGUUCAAGUGGUCCUCUGACGGGUCCGGCGCGUUCGAGAUCGCCGAGGCCAGCGGCGUCCGGCAGGGCACCAAGAUCGUGCUCCACCUGAAGGACGACUGCAAGGAGUUCUCCUCCGAGGAUCGAGUCAAAGAUGUGGUCACCAAAUACAGCAACUUCGUCAGCUUCCCCAUCUUCCUCAACGGCCGGCGACUGAACACACUGCAGGCUCUGUGGAUGAUGGAGCCCAAGGAGAUCAGCGAGUGGCAGCACGAGGAGUUCUACCGCUACGUGGCGCAGGCCUACGACAAGCCCCGCUACACCCUGCACUACCGGGCCGACGCCCCCCUCAACAUCCGCAGCAUCUUCUACGUGCCGGAAACGAAGCCCUCCAUGUUUGAUGUGAGCAGGGAGAUGGGCUCCAGCGUGGCUCUGUACAGUCGGAAGGUGCUGAUCCAGACCAAGGCCACCGACAUCCUGCCCAAAUGGCUGCGUUUCCUCAGGGGCGUUGUGGACUGUGAAGACAUCCCCUUGAACCUAAGCAGAGAGCUGCUCCAGGAGAGCGCCCUCAUCAGGAAGCUACGGGACGUCCUGCAGCAGCGCGUCAUCCGCUUCCUCCUGGACCAGAGCCGGAAGGAGCCGGAGAAGUACGCCCGCUUCUUCGAGGACUACGGCCUGUUCAUGAGAGAGGGCAUCGUUACCACCUCCGAGCAGGACGUCAAGGAGGACAUAGCAAAGCUGCUGCGGUUCGAGUCCUCCUCCCUGCCCGCGGGGCAGCAGACCAGCCUGCAGGAGUACGCCACGCGCAUGAAGGCGGGCACCCGCAACAUCUACUACCUGUGCGCCCCCAACCGCCACCUGGCCGAGCACUCGCCCUACUUCGAGGCCAUGAAGAAGAAGGACAUGGAGGUGCUCUUCUGUUACGAGCAGUUUGACGAGCUCACGCUGCUGCAUCUGAGGGAGUUCGACAAGAAGAAGCUGAUCUCCGUGGAGACGGACAUCGUGGUCGACCACUACAAGGAGGAGAAGUUCGAGGAGAUCAAACCAGCCUCCGAGCGCCUGACGGAGCAGCAGGCCCAGGACCUGAUGGCCUGGAUGAGGAACUGCCUGGGCCCCAAAGUCACCCACAUUAAGGUGACCCCCCGUUUGGACACGCACCCCGCCAUGAUCACGGUGCUGGAGAUGGGCGCGGCACGCCACUUCCUGCGCACCCAGCAGCUCGCCAAGACGUCCGAGGAGAGAGCGCAGAUACUGCAGCCCACGCUGGAGAUCAACACCGGCCAUGACCUCAUCAAGAAGAUGAACGAGCUGAAGGAUUCGAACCCGGAACUCUCUCAGCUGCUGCUGGAGCAGAUCUACGACAACGCCAUGAUCGCGGCCGGCCUGAACGACGACCCCCGACCCAUGAUCUCCCGCCUGAACGACCUGCUCACCAGAGCCCUGGAUAAGCACUGAAAGUGCCGUCUUGAAUCUGGACGGCCACUUCCUGGAUUUCAGAGCCAACGGAUUUCCUGCAGAUCAUCACAGCGCCACAUUUCAUUUCACCAAUGAGAUUAUGUCCCAUCUAACAACACUGGUACUGCUUGGCCACCAGUGACAAUGCAUCCAGCCCUAAAUGCCCAUGUGUGUGUAAACCCAGCCCGUCCGUCGCUGCCCUUAAAGUGCUUAUGUGACGUAGGAAGACUGCUCUGGCUCUCCCGUUUCAACUGAGUACAAACCCGUUAAUGGACUGAAUUCAUGUCCCCUCUUAUUUUAAAUUAAUGAAUCAAUAUGUACAUAAAUAGAAAAUUAAAAACUCUGUACCAGAACGAAUGAGUAUAACUUGCCGACCAACCCCCCUGCCUUCAGGGCAUCGUCUGAUUGGCCAGUCCCGUUGGGCUGUGCCCGCUUCAGCCAAUCCGCUCCUUACAAAUAUCAGUGAACAGAAUUCGGGGCAGCGUCACACCUUUAAAAUCCUUCAGACACGACCAGAGGAAACGGAAGACCUGACGCAAGAUUACCUGCACCAGGCCAUGCUCACCUGAGGGGCUCUGAGGAGACUGGGGGGACUGAUCAUAUACAGGUUGCCAUGGAAGACUCAAAGCCUGCUUGGGUGUUUGGCUGCUGGCUGAACUUACACGUUUGUUUUUUUUCUUGUAUUGUGAAUAAAAAAGUAAACAUUUUGUGAAACCUC